AUGUCAGCUCUAGGAAACUCGACCUUCCUUCAGGUGGCCUUCGACAGGUUUGCCUCUCCUGAGUUGGGGGACUUCAUACUCCGAUGGGACAUCGACUUGCAUGAAGUGGAGUCACUCAAACCAACAUCAGCCAUGAUUCAAGCCUUAUCUGAUGAAGCUGAAGUGAAGCAGUUCACCGACGGUACUGCGAAACUGUGGCUCGACCACCUCAAACAACUCCUCUAUGAUGCGGAGGACAUACUGGAUGAGUAUGCUACUGAACUUCUACGCCUGAAAUUGGAAUCUGCUCACCAAACCCAACAGGGAAUUGAAAGGCCUGGAUCAGGAGUAAGGGAUUUCAACGAGAGGUUAAAAGGACUGAAAUUGGAAUCUGAACAUCAGACCCACCCUCACCAAACCCAACAGGAGAGUGAUGAGAUGUGAAGAGCAUGAGUGAAUUAUGGAACAGA